ACACUUAGUAAUUUUCUAGAACGCAGAUUCUAGUAGACUGUUGCGGUUACACGUCAUAAUCCAUUUGCAAAGACCACACCAACAAUAAUUAUGGACAAUAUAGAUUAUGACAAAUUGUUAGUGCUGAUUGAUUUGAGUACGUUAAUAAUAGAUGUUCGUGAAAAAAAAGAAUUAGCCGAAACCGGUGUGUUGCCAAACAGCAUAAACAUACCGUUGAGUGACGUAGGUAAUGCAUUAUCACUUCCGGCUUCGGAAUUUGCAGAGCUGUAUAAAAUUCCAAAACCAGACGCUGAGAAAAGUGAAAUUGUGUUUUCGUGUCGUUCAGGAGUUAGAAGCCAAAAAGCAGCCGGUCUAGCUCAAAAAGUCGGAUAUAAAAAAGUGUACAAUUACACGGGUGGUUGGAGUGAAUGGGCUGAAAAAAAUUUGGCCGUGCCAAAAAAUAUAUAACUGUUUUUGAUGGUGUGUAAUCGACCGCAAAUAAGUCUACAGUACACUUAGAAGUUGUGUCAUUAAGAAAUGGUGAAUUUUGAUUAAAAGAAACUUUUAAACUACCAUUAUUUAUAGUUUUUGUUUUAAAGAAUAUAUUUUGUUUUGUUAUAAAAUACAGAAUUUUACGAAUA